ACUGCCUCGGCCAGCUUCCCACUCGACUUCCCUCUUGACCAUCAACAACAACAACAUUAAACCACUUCAAUCAAGCUCCAAUCUCAAUCCCAACAAACUGAUCUCUCUCCCCUCAUCUGCCAUCCAUCUCCAUCCAAGCACCUAUCCUCACACUUUCACACUUUCAAUCACCAUCAUCCCUCGACUCGAUCAUCGACCUCUCAAUCAGAUUCACUCAGUCAGUCAAGAAAACAAAACAACCACCAGAAGAAAAAAAAACCCCAACCGUUUAAACCGGUGUCGAAAUGGCUAUGCAACCAGCUUCGGUCGAAAUAGGAGAUGAGAAUCCCCAGGGCGAAACGAGGAUUCGACGGUCGUUCAUUUCACCCGACAAACUAGUCACCGAGCCGAUCCCUGGGAUCCAUGUUCUUCCGGACCUUCUAGUCCAAUCGGCCAAAGAUUUCCCUACAGCCAAUGCUGUUGGCUGGCGAGAGUUGAUCAAACUUCACAAGGAGACUAAGACGGUAACCAAGGUGAUCGGCGGAAAAGAAGUCAAGGAGGAUAAGAUUUGGGAGUUUUAUGAAAUGAGCGAUUAUAAAUAUUGGACUUAUAGUCAAUUACUUGAAGAAGUCUCGAAAAUCUCAAACGGGCUCGCUGAACUCGGUCUGACAAAAGAUCAACGGUUCAACAUCUAUUCCGCUACCAAACCUUCAUGGCAGGUUAUGGCUCAUGCCUGUUCUCGAAGAUCGAUUACUUUUGCAACCGCUUAUGAUUCAUUGGGAGUCACCGGACUAGAGCACUCAGUCAACGAACCCGAGGUAGUAGGAAUCUUCACAAAUGCGAACUUGCUAGGAACCUUAGCGGCGAUUGUGGACAAGACGCCGACAUUGAAAUAUGUGAUUUAUGAUGAACAAGCCGAUGAGAGAGUCCUCAAGAAAAUUCAAGACACUCGAUCUGAUAUCCGAAUCAUCACUUACGAUGAGCUUCGUCAAUUGGGAGAAACUAAGGCUCAUGAGAUCGUCAGACCAGAACCGAGUGACAUUGCUUGUAUCAUGUACACCAGUGGAUCUACCGGCGCUCCCAAAGGAGUCCUCCUCAGUCACCUCAAUCUAAUUUCUUCCGUGGCUGGAGUUCGGACUUUGCUACAAGAUUUUAUGAGCGAGGAUGAAUCCGUAAUCGCAUAUCUUCCUUUGGCUCACAUUUUGGAAUUUAUUGUCGAGCUAACUUCUCUGUCGAUGGGUGUCAAAAUCGGUUACGGAUCUGUCAAAACACUGACCGAGGCAUCGAUGCGGAAUUGUUCGGGCGACAUCAAAACCUUCAGACCGUCUGUGAUGGUUGGAGUUCCCGCAGUUUGGGAACUGAUCCGGAAGGGGAUUCUAGCCAAAGUCAAAGCGGGCGGCAAAUUGAAAGAAGGGAUCUUCAAUGCUGCAUUGGCAGUCAAGAGAAAUCCGAUCCUGAGUCGAAUCGGAGGAGGACUGAUGGACACGGUGGUCUUCAACCAAGUUCGUGAACAGACUGGCGGCAACUUACGAUAUGCCAUCUCGGGUGGAGCUGCACUAUCCAAAGAGACCCAGGAAUUCUUGUCGAAAGCGCUAGUCUCAGUCUUACAAGGAUACGGUCUAACGGAAUCCUGUGGGAUGUGUGCGAUCUUGUCUCCUAAUUACAUGCAAUACGAAUGCGUGGGGGUCCCAGUACCCAGCACAGAAAUCAAAUUGGUCGAUGCUCCGGAAACCGGUUACCUUUCUACUAACGUUCCAAAUCCUCAGGGUGAGGUUUGGAUUCGAGGCCCCUCGGUCUCCAAAGGUUACUUCAAGAGGGAAGAUAUCACUAAGGAGAGUAUGACCGACGAUGGCUGGUUUAAGACUGGUGAUAUUGCUCAAUGGAACCAGGACGGAACUUUAUCGAUAAUUGACCGUAAGAAGAACUUAGUCAAACUAGCAGGAGGAGAAUACAUAGCGUUAGAGAAGCUAGAAUCGAUUUACAAGUCGUGUUCAUUAGUCGGUAACCUAUGUGUUCACGCCGAUGCGACUGCCAAUCGACCGAUGGCGAUCGUCUUUGUUCAUGAGAAGAACCUCAGUCUCGCCUAUGAGGAAUUGAAGCUCGGCAAGAGUGGCAAAAGUAUCAGUGAGAUGUGUCUGAAUGAAGAGGUUGAAAAAUUGGUCUUGAAAGAACUCUUGGCUACCGGUAAAAAGGCCGGCUUCAAACCCCUCGAGUUAUUGCAAUCUGUUGUUUUGACAGAUGAAGAAUGGACUCCUGAGAAUGGCUUGGUGACUGCCGCUCAGAAACUGAACCGCAAGAAGAUCUUAGAUCAUUAUGCUGAAGCUGUCAAAAAAGUUUAUCCUUAAAAAACAUCUGCAUCUCAAGUCGUCCAUGUCGUCGAGCAAGUCACUACACACAAUCAAGGUGUUUUUUCUUUUCUUUUCCUUUUGCUUGGCCCAUCAAAAGCUUGAUACAUAGAAUAAGAAGAAUAAGAAAGAUUAAUCAGCAGAUAUACAUGUCGAUCUAUAUUUAGACUCUGCCUUAUCUUUUGUCUUACUUUUUGUCACCAAUCAACAAGAAAAAUACAAGUAACAGGUAGUCUCUGUCCUCUCCUCCCCCUUCUUUCUAAUAAUGAGGAGGAUUCCUUUUUUGAUUACUACUUUGUCUAUUAUAUCGUUGGUUUUGAUUGUAUGUAUUGUAAGCAUAUGAUAUAUAUAUAUGACACAUAUGUGUAUAGAUAUAGAUAUCUUGUCUCUGACUUUUCAUUGUUCUUUCCCUCUAUCCUUUAUCCUUUUUCUUUUCAUUUUUAUUUCUUUUUUUGAUCCUCAUUAUUUUACUUGACCUAUUUCUUUCUCUCUCUUUAUGUAAUUUUAAUGUGUUUUUUUUCAAUGUUCUCAACCUUUUUUCUUUUCUUUUGUUAUGUCCUCAUAUAUACAUGUAUAUAUGUGUGUGCAUAAAAUAUAGGGGGUUGGAAAAACGACUCCCAAAAAUUAGUCGACGACUCCCGUUU